CCUGCUCUAAGUAGUACAGAUUACAGGGAACCCUGAUCCCUCGAAUUCCUCAGCAAUGGCUCCGGCGGCGGAGGAGUGGUUCAUCCUGUACUGCGUCCCGAAGGUGUCGGCGGAGGAGGAAACGGAAUCCACCAACAUGUCCUUUACCUUCAACGAACCCCCGCUCCCCUCCCACGUAACCGUCGCGGAUAACGCUCUCAUCCGCACCGGCUUCUUCAACUACCCAUACAUCGCAGCCGCCGACCGCUGCGGCGUCCUUCUCCUCUGCGGCUACUCCAAGAUCGGCUUCACCUACUACCUCUGCGACCCGUUGAUCCGCAAGACGCUGGGCAUCAUCCCUCACGGCGGCGACCUGACGUGCCGCUUCUCCGUCGGCCUCAUCAGUGAUCGGAGUGACAGGUAUUUCAUGGUCGCCGAGCUCAACCCGUUGUCCCUUGCAGAGUGUGGCCGCGUCACGCUCCUCUGCACGCUGGACAUGUGCGGUUGGGUCGAGAAGGAGUCCGAGUGCUCCAACAUCCUGGUGAAAAGAGAGUGGUGCGGUGACGGCGUCCUCUCCCACAAAGGCUUCCUCUGGUGGUUUGACCUCUCUUACUGUAUCCUAGCCUGCGACCCCUUCGCCGAUAAGCCGCAGUUUCACCAAAUCAUGUUCCCGUCUGUUCCUGACGCUCUGCCAUUCUACCCGAGCCCCAUCUACGGUGAUGUACACCGCUGCUUAAAGCUCAGCAAAGGCAGGCUGCGGUACGUUCAGAUCCACGGCACCUCCCUUGAAAAGCUGCAGGUCAGCACGUGGACGCUCUCCUCCAGUGAUCCGUCAAAUGCCAAAUGGACGAACCGGCUCGAUGUGCCCUUUGAAAAGAUCUGGGACGACCGGAGCUACAGGGAGAAAGGGCUGCCUCCGCAGGUCGUCCCUGCUGUGGUACUCGUCCACCCCAUGAACGCCAGCGUGGUCUACUUCUUCCUUGAAAGGCACAUGUUCUCCGUCGACCUGAUGGAGAAGAAGGUGGUGGAUUGCAAGGAGUUCAGCAUUCAGGCACCGCCGCACAAAAUAUGCUCCUCCCGCCUGGUCCAUGCUUGGCGGUUGCCGGUGGGGUUUACAAAACCGUCUGGGCAUGACCUGUCUCGUCUCAUGGGAACUGAUUUCGUGUGUCGUUCGAAAUCCGUGGAGGAUUUCCAUACCAAAGCUGACAUGAUCAUGAGGUCGCGUCCCAAACCAGAUGAUGCCUGGGGUCUUGAGGAUAUUGAUGUUGAUGAGGAUGGAUAUGACUCAGACACCAACACGACGGAGGAGAUUUAGCAGUCCGCAUUGCCAACCACCCCACUCACCCGGUGCCGGCUUCUGCACUUUCACUUGUGUUGCUUUUACCAUGCUGAUCAUUUAGUUUGUUUGGUCUUCUAGCAGCAUCGGGUCGUUUGGAGUUGUCAGAACAUUACAAUAAUUAUUGUAUAAUGUUUGUGGAUUUGAUUGGCCAGUCAAGUUGUCUAAUGAUUAUUUGUUGCUACAUAAAUAGUGGAAUUGGAUUUCAG